AUGGCGACGAAAACGCAGCCGGCGUCGGCGACCUCGUCGCGCUUUCCUCUUUUCAAACGAUUCGGCCUCAAGUCGCCCACCAGAACAUCACACAACAACGGCGAUGACGAGUGGUACAUCCCUUACAACGGCCCAUACGAACUGCCGAAGGAGCAACCGAAGCCGAUUCGAGAUUCAUGGGGCGACAUCGUCGGGGACGCGUUCGCCGCUCACCGGGACCUCUUCGAGUCUUCGCCGUCGGAGGGCAAAAGCCGUAGUCGCGCCUUCUCGCACACGUCGCACCAAACUGGCUCGUCCGGCGCCAUUGACCCAAGUCGAAAAUCUUUCACCACCUCCGUUCGUUUACGCGCAUCGUCCCCUCCUCGCAUGCCUGUACCCUCGUUCGCAUCCAUGGACGCGGGGGGUAUCGGUGCAACGCCGAUCCCUCGCACACGCUCUCCGACUUCCCCGACUUCCCCCGGUAGUAAUGCACGCAUGAGCUUUGCUAGCAUCUUCGGUCUAGGCAGCCCGCAAUCGGGAGGCGCCUCCUCAGGUGUGACCAAGACGCCGUCUAUGCCCACCCUUGUCCGCGCUGGUUCUUUCGGACGCCCCCGGGCCGGCUCCGAGCAACCGAAGCCAGUGAGCGGCCUCAAAACCCUUGCACCAUCAACGAAAGCGACCGCACCCAAGGACGAAUACCGCGAUAUACAAUACAACUCCCUGUCCCGUACGCCGACCGCUUCUCGACCUGAUAUCAACAUCAGCUCUGUGCCACACCCUCCAUCGCCCGACAAGCUUGAUACGCCUACAUCUUCUUCCCAUGUUCAUUCUUCACAGCAGACACAUACAUCCAAGAGUUCGCAUCCUUAUGCUUCCGCCGCUCCUGUUCCAACCACCCCCACCUACACGGCUAAGGGAAAGGGCCGCGCCAUCGAUUUUCCCGACCGACAGAGUCCCCCACCACAGCCUCACACGGUCCGCCUCGCCCUUCCCUCCAAGUCCGAACCCGUGCCGCCCUACCUUCAACCCUCCGCCGCAGCAUCCAAAACUUCCAUCCUCGGCUCACUCUCUCGGUUGAAAACCUCGCUGUCUACGCCAAACCUUCGCUCUCCUUCCAAAACACAUUUACCUGCAAUUCCGCAGCUUUCAACCAGUGGCGACUAUAAUUUAUUAGCCCGAGAUCGAUGGCUGAGUGCCGAGACGUGGUGCGACGCUUUGCUGUUCCCCCGGCCGCGGUUCAAAGUACGCCAGGGGCCGAGCACGCCGCCGAUGCCUAGAAGAGCCCAUGUGGUCAGCCCGCCCCCGGACAUCAUAUGGCCUGCACCUGGCGCUGAGCAAUAUGAGCGGGCGAGAGUCGCGGGAGCUCGUCCCAGAGUAGGCUCUUUACGCACUCCUACUGGAAACAAGGGUCUGGGAUUGCACAAAUCGCGUUCGCAGGCGGACAUCGGUGUCUCGAGGGCGCUGGACGUCGUGUCAGCCUCCACCCCGGUCCCAGCUGUCGCCACCGUGAAUGAGAGCGCGCUUGAACGACUACCACCAGUCAAUAUCCGGGAAGAGCAGAUCGAAGAGGCCCGGUUCAGGGGUAACGUCUUGCCUUCAGGAUUCCUGAGCCCUCGUGAUCCCCGGGUUGCGAACGACGUGGCGAACGGGAGGUCGAAGAGAUUCUCCUGGGAUGACAUGGCACUGCCUAGCCCGGUACCGUCUUUAUCAAAGGUGCUUGAGGACGGCGAAAGACUCGAACGGGAUCGACGUGCCUGGCAAGCGCAGGCGAAGCACUCUUUACUCAACAACCGCACUCGUUCCAUUUCCAGAACUCGCGCAAAAUCGCUUUCGAAGAGCAAGGCCAGGGCCGCGAACAAAGACAAUGCGGACGGCAGGAUGGACUUCUUGGCCGAACGGACGUUGUUGGGCACUCAGGGCUUAAAGCCUACGGUACACGUCGUGUUCGCCGACUCCUCGGCGGCCGGACAUGUGCGUCAGAGCGCCAGCGUCGGCGGCACGGCAACCGCCACGACGUCGCACACGCGCUCGCACUCUCAUUCUUCGCACUCCAAGACUGAUGCGUCGGCUUCUCAGCGCGGGCACCGACGUGCGGAAUCGCUCGGCCGGGGCAUCAAGCGCGCGGGAGCUUUGUGCGGUCUUACCGGCGCCGAGCAUACGUAUGAUGCAGAAAGUGUGCGCGGUGCCGCUAUUGAUGCGGUGCUUCGUAGCGGCGGGACGAAGGUCAUCCAUCUAGAAGACCAAAUCGUUCAGGAGAGGACGAAGGCCAGCGGCGAGCUGCUUGUCGCCAGUUCACAGGGUCAGAGCGCAGAGGGAACCUUCCAGUCCGGCUUAGCGCCUUCGCCGACGCCGUCGGGAGUGAGUGGCUCGGGCGAGGGGGUGCGCAUGGGUAUCGCCAUCUCGUCGCCUAUCCCGCCCUCAUCGGACGAUCAUUCGCAAGAGCCCAUACACAUGCCGAACCAUCCAUACGCCAUGCCGACAUCUCGAUACCCGCGGCCGCAACGUCUCGAGACAUCGGAUGGCAAGGGUGCCCUCCAAGACUCCAUGGCCGUACAGUCUCAAGUGCCGCCGGCCGCCGGCGUGUUGAUUAAUGACAUAUCGGCGAGGCACCGUUUACCACCCCAAGCAACACUACCUUCUACCACGCUCAAUGUGCCGCACAUCUCCCAUCCGUAUGCAAGUUACGGAGUCGCGGGUGCUCCUGAUCUGCGCGAUGUGUCCCCCUCUCGUACGAUGUUCGCGGAGGUCGGCGCAGGGUAUGUACGUCAAAUUCUCCCGGAAGAAAUUCGCUACUCGCCUAUGCCACCGGAAGACGCGCCGUUCGAGGGGGAAAACUGGGCCGAGCACGUGUAUGCGUAUAGGCAAGACAGCUUACGGCAGGAGGACAGAGCAACUCUACGCAUGGAGGAUGCAUUGAGCAUGACACUAAAGAGGAGGCGGAGUAAAGAACGUUUAAAGGGCAACGAUGGAAGCUCGAUGGAUGAUCGUACGGAUCCGGUGGAUGUUCAUAGCCAACCGGCACGUAUGAUUGCCCACGACUCCACCCCACCUGAGGCUCCUCGUGUUCAACGAAAGCCUGUUCCGGACGGCCUUGACGGAAGUCCCCCGGUGGCCCGCGAGGGUACGCAGCUUUCCCUACCCCGUACAAAAAGAACCAUGGCAUCCUCCCCUUCCGACCAUGCCAACCCACCCGAAUCUAGGCCAGAGCUGCUAAGGACCACGUCGGAGGAUUCCCAGGAGCACUCGGGGUCGUCGCCCGGCGUAGCAUCAGAAAAUACUUCACCUCCUCUAUCCCCGCGACGCAUGGGCAGUUCCGGUUCAGAGGACCUCGAUCGCUUCCGCGACCUCUUUUAUCGCCCUGCGCGAUCGCAGCAGAAUGGAUCCGCAGCUCCAUCUAUACAGAAGGAGGUGAGCGAAGCGCGGCCCUCAUUGACGCGCAAACCAAGUCGCUCUGUGCCUGUGGACGUCAGCCAGCACAGUAGCCUGAGCGGCAGCGGGCUUGCAAACCUGACGCGGAUGCUCAGCGAAGAGCUCGAAGCGACGAGACUCCGAAACGGCAGGAGUAUGAUCUCGGACGCCUCGUCGUGGGAUUGGAGUGCUAUCCCCCAUGAGGAGGAUACUACAGACCACAUCGCCGAGCUGCUGGAUCAGAUGUCGUAUCCGCAACACGCCUCUUCGCAAUCCUUGACCAUGCGAGCGCCCUUAAAAGUUGCCCCAGCGCAAGGAUCCCCUCUCCUGGUCAACGUCCCAGAGGAUGUCGAAUCUUCGAGAGCGUCCUCGCCGUUGGAUCCUUCGAACCCGGAAAACCCAGCGGAUACCUUCGGAGCUUUGCGCUUUGGAAUUGUGGAAGCCGUUUCAACGCCUCCUGCCGUGACCGGAUCCCGUCCGAUGUCUGGCCAUUUGUCCCUCGUACAGGACGACGUCGUCCCUGAAGAGCAGCAGGCAGAAGACGCCGUUUCUCCCACAAGCCAAGCUAGAACUCAUUCCAGUCUUAUGCCACAGUCUUCCACGUUCACUCGAUCCAGCUACCUUACAACCACCAGCGACGGCUCCCGCAUAUCGGCUCUGUCGGAUUUCCCGUCGCCGCCUACCGAUGUAACUCCGGCUCACAUGCCGAUCAUUCAGUCUUACUUCGCCGGCUACACCCCGCGUCAGGAACUCGAAGAUCCUAUAAGUAACGACCCGCAGCCAGCAGAACCGCGCAUACCAGAGAACUUGCAUUCUCCUGCUGCUGAUGCUCGUGCCAGUAGAAGGACCACGUUUGGAGAGGAUGCAUUCGUUAUUGAUGGUUCCGCUUCUUGA